AUGCGGGCGCCGUAUAGGCUGACCUUCUUCUUCCGGCAAGCGCUGGAGGGCCUGUUUGACGAAGGCGCGGCGGCGCCGAGGGGCGCGGUGCUCGACGGCAUCUUGCUCGCCGUCGCUUCGAAGCACUUUCGCCUCGAGGACAUGUCCUUCUUCGAGCCGGCGCAGUGGUUGCGGGGCCACUCGUUCUCGCUCGACGGCGUCGUGAUCAAGCGCGCGAAGGGCGAGGCAGUGGGCCCCCUGGGCUCCGAAUGGCGGGCAGCCAGGCGCCACAACAAGGCGUUGUUCUACGCCCCUGGGACGGACUGGGGGCAGCCGCCCGACACGUGGCCCCCAGGGCACGUCCGGUUGUGGUGCGCCCCUAAGGCCACGGAGGACACCAUCAUCGCGCCCUUCCUCACGGACCUCACGGUGGAGGAGGGUUACAAGUACGCCCUGAAGACGGUGGACUGCGUUGCCAGCGAGCACUCUGAGAUCAUGGACUUGCACAACUACAUGAACAACCAGGUAGUCCACGCGAUCGGCAUGCGCCAGACCGCGAAGACGCAGGUAACGGACGUGCGGGAGGCCGUUAUCGGCAAGGCCGGCGGCGAGAAAGUUAAACACCAGCGGAGGAGACUCAAGAGACUCGCUGGCAACAUGUCCGGCCAGGCGUCCGACCUCGCAUCCGACAAGGUCGAUCUCAUGCACAUUGCCCUGGGCAUGCAGAUGAAGUGCCGCCGGGACAACGCCGAGCGCCAGGGCGUACUGAAGGCGUUCCGCAUGGCGGGCUGGCUGGCGCACAAGCCCACCUCUCUCGGGCUGGUCCCCCUCGUGGGCCCCGAGUGGCGGCAGCUCCCAUUGGGAAGCUCCCGCCUCUCGAACAGCCUCAUGGCGGACAGAGUGAACUACGUGCCCGUGAACGGCAAGCCCGUGAAACCCGAUUGGGGCGGGUUGCGGGCCCCCCGCGCCAGACAGCGGGCGGCAUACGCGCAGCAGAAGGGCAAGGGCAUCAGCGAGGCCCGGAAGCAGGAGCUCCUUCUGGACGGCGAGGAGGUCGACGGGUUCGUUUCUUACCUCGGCGGCUGGGGCGAGCGCCCCUUCGCGGACCACGAGGAAGCCUUGGCGGCUGUAGACAGCGACCCGUCGCUGGCCAAAGGCCCUUUACAACCCUUCGAGCCGCUCAGUCUGGCUGGCGUGAUCAGCGCGGAGGCCUUGGCUGAGGAGGCGGCUUUCCAGUCGCUGCACCCCCGCGUGAAGCAGGCCAUCCUGGCAGGGGGCGCCAUCGCCAAGAUGCCCAGGGUGACGAAGAGCUUUCGGGGCGUCGCGGCAGAGAAGCGGGUAGAGAAGGCCAUGGCGAAGAAGACCAAGGCGGCGGAGAAGAAAGCAGAGUGGCGCGCUGCCAUCGACGCUCUCGGCCUCGAGGCCGCCCGCAAGCAGCUUUGCGUGCCCGCCGUCGUGACCAAGGCGGCGAAAAAGACGAAGGAGCAGGCAGAGACGAAGGGCAAGAAGGGUGGCAAGGCGAACAUCAAGCGGAGGCAGUCCGUCAAGGGUAAGAAGGAAGCCGCGGCACGGAAGGGCGCCCGCGCAAAGGUAGCCGCUGUUUUCGCAGGGAACGUGGCGACGCUGGAGGAGAAGCUUAAGACGCUGCAGGCGCAGCUCCUCGGUGCGGGGCAGGAGGCCGAGUCGCAGAAGCAGGAGGCCAAGCAGGGGGGCGAGGCGCUUGCCGCGCCGCUGGAGGAGCAGCCCGCGGCCGCCGCGGCGGCCGAGAGAAAACGCUUGCGGGUGCACGCGGGCAACCUCGCAGUGCGCACGUUGCAGCUCCAGGGCUUGCACCGCCAGCUGCAGGACCAGCAGCUGGAGUUGGAAAACGCAAGCAAGUUUGGCCAGAAGGCCCUCGGCCAGGUGAAGCGGAAGGCCACCGCCGCCAUGCUGGCGGCCCAGAGAGUCCUGGCCAAGAAGCCCAGGACGGGCGAGGUGGGAGAGGGCGCAGGCGUCGGCGGCGCCGCGAGUUUGCCGCUCCCGCCGCCCGCGGAGCCGCCCGAGGCUGCGCGCCGCGCGGGCGAUGCCAGCGCGCCUGGGGCCGACGAUUGGCUCGGCGUGUCGGCGCCCGCGCGGCCCGUAGCCGAAGUGGCGGCCGACCCAGUUGCGCGCGCAGAGGCGACUGGCGCAUCGGGGGCAGGCGGGCCCGUUUGGGGCGCGGCAGCGGCGCCCAGCGUUUCACCGCGCGGUGACGAGCAGGGCGCCGAGGGGCUGGCCCCUGCAGCCGCGCCAGUCCCAGUUACCUGUGCGACGGAGCAGCCGCGGCCGCAGGGCGCGGCAGCGCCGCCCGCGCAGUCGGCGCAUCCACCCAGCGCGUCCUCGCUCGGAAGCGCCCCAGCAGCCGUGUUGACGGGGUUGGUGCAGUUGGACUGCGACAAGGCUAUCGCGCGCGACUUGACGCUCGCCGCGCGGCACCCCCGCGGACUGUGGGGCCUCCUGGAGUCGACGAAGGGCACGUCGGCGUGGAUUUACCUAUUCACCGCAGAGGCCCCAGCCGCGGGCGCAAACAGGAAGAUGGUUCCAGCGUCGUGCCUGGCGCAAGUGGCAUCGCCUCCCGCGCAGCCGCGCCCCUGGAAGAAGAACGCUGGAUGGCUCGGGGCAGAGCAGAGGGCCCGCAUCAAGGAGACUUGGUGCCUCGAGGACGACGUGGGGGUGCCGAGCGAGAAGACGUUGCUCAGCGAGUCCCAGCUCGCCGUGGCGUGCGCAGAGGUCGGGUGGCGCAUCCUGCUCCCUCGCUGCCUCGUCGUGCCCCCUUACCUCUGCGGCUUGGCUGCCCACCACGUGGUCAACCACGCCGCCGUCAAGGACCGCGUGGCCUUCGCGCAGAGGGCGGUCCUCCUUUGCCUGCCCAUCAUCUGCUCCGGGCAUUGGACCCUCCUGGUCUUGCAGAGGGGCGGCGCGCCGAAGGGGUCCGAGAAGCCAGUGGACGUUGGCAAGAGGCCGCUGGACGAGGACAUGAAGGAGAAAGGGUGCGCGAAGUGCGGCACCGCAGGCUGCAUGCAUUGCGCCCCCGAGCACGCGGCCAGGUGGGCCGCUCGCUUGAGCGCGGAGGACGCGUUCUUUGACCCCUGCUAUUUCCUGUCCCCGCUGCCCGAGGCCACGUGGUGGGACAUUCGGUAUUACGACAGCCUGGAGGCGACGUCCCAUUCGUGCGCUCGGCUCGCGGCGGCGUUGCUGGAGGCGCUCCAGCCCGCAGGGGUGCGGAACCCCAUGACGGCGGAGGAGCUGAGGAAGGCAAGAAGGAACACCGCCUACCAGCAGGACGCGACGUCUUGCGGGUACUGGGCCGCGCACUACGUGGAGACGGAGUUCAGGCGCCACGCUGGCGAGGGAGACUUCGCGGUUCCGUUUGCGCGGGGCCGUCGGGUGGAGUUGGCGGGUGCGUUGAUCAAGAGAUUCCAGGAGUGA